CAGAAAAAAAAGAAGAACCAACUAAACAAUUUCAAAUUUUUUGAAAGCAAUGGACCAAGGACAAACACCACAUAGCACAACCGGCCAAAGCCACUCACCUUCUUCCUCCGCUUCCGGUUCCACCUCAACCGAACCAGUUCGGUCACGAUGGUCACCUAAACCAGAACAAAUACUCAUACUUGAGUCGAUCUUUAACAGUGGUAUGGUUAACCCUCCAAAAGAAGAGACGGUAAGGAUACGAAAGAUGCUGGAGAAAUUCGGCAAGGUGGGAGAUGCAAAUGUCUUCUACUGGUUUCAAAACCGGCGGUCAAGAUCUCGCCGAAGGCAGCGGCAACUCCAGGCUGCAGCUGCAGCAGCGACCACAACCACUAAUACUUGUGACCAGACCAUGAUGGUGAGCAACAACUUGCCACAACAUAGUGGAAGUGAUUUGGGGUUUGGAGGUUGUAGCACUUCUAAUUACUUAUUUGCUAGCUCUUCUUCUUAUGGCGCUGGAUGUGAUAAUCAUAGCAAUAAUGGCAUGGAGAAUCUCUUAACAAUGUCUGGUGAAAUGGGUUACCAUGGAGCUAAUCAACAUCAUUAUAACUAUCAUAGCUCAAAUGUCGAAUCAAUUUUGUGCCCAUCUGAACAAAGCUCCAAUUAUCACUACCAACAAGGGUCUAUAAUGGUGUUUAUAAACGGAGUUCCAACAGAAGUGACGAGCGGAGGUAUUGAUAUGAAAGUAACGUUUGGAGAAGAUUUGGUUUUGGUGAAUUCCUCAGGUGUUCCUCUUCCUACUGAUCAGUUUGGGUUUUUGAUGCAUAGCUUACAACAUGGUGAAGCUUAUUUCCUGGUUCCAAGACCGACAUGAACUGCCUUUACUCUUGUGUUAUGUGGUGAUUCAACAGAUGCCUUGUUAUUCUACCUUAGUCUAUAUGGCUGCGGUCCAUCCAUUUUUUUCCUUUUCUUUAUGUAUCUAUCGUGUAAUAAAAGUUUCUUCUGUUGUCUCUUAGUUUUGCCAUCUAAUUAAAUAAAAAAACGAAGUCAAAAGCUCUUCUAAAACGAAGAGAUUUAGUUUUUGUAUCAGUUUAGUGAUUUAGAUGUAAAAUAAGUAAUUCUUUUACAAUAAAUUUUGUGUCUAGGGAUCAUCAAGCUAGUUCGUGUGCAGAGAGUAAUGAAUUUUAUUGGAAUUAGAAAAAAAAAUCGAAGUCUAUUAGUUGCGUUGAACACUUUCCAGUUAAUACAUUAAAUUAAUGUUCUACAAGAUUGCAUCUAUUAAGUAGAUCUUUAGCUUGAGCUAUCACUAAAAUAAGAGUACCAUUUGUUAAGUACGGUGUACUUGUUGUCGAUAUUUAUACGGUAUAAAUUAUACCCUUUGUGUGUGUUUAUCAACAAGUUCGCAGCUAGUUCACCUUAUUUUAUAGUUCACCUUAUUUCAAAACUGAUUCAAGCAUCUCUACAGUGAACGAUACCCAUUAUUGAUACAUAUCAAGCACCUCUCUAAACGAUACAUUUUACAUCAAAUCAUACGCCAUACUUUAACAAAUACAAUUAGAAACUAGUAAUACGGAUUACAAUUUCUCAAAAAGCUGAUAAUACAAAUUCUAAGCCAUAAUACAGUCUCGUAUAAAAUUAUUAAUUCUUAUAUCUUAUAUUAGUGCGGUCUCAAAUUAUAUUAUAUUAAGGCUAUGUUCAAAAAAAAUAUAGUAAUUAUAUAUUUAACAAUGUGAUGAACUAAUUUUAAAAGUUAAUAGCUUUAUCUAUAUAUAUUUGAGGAUUCUCUUCUAAUUAUAAACUCAAAUUUAAAAAUACAUUAAAAUUUGAAAUUUUAAAUCAAAUUUACAUAUUUAUUUGAAUUUUUUUUAUAUUUUUUUUAUUUUUAGACCCGGACCAUGUUCGACCGCUCCACUUGCACAUGCUAUUAGACGGUCCUGCUUAUAUAUGUCCUAAAUCUCGUUACUAUUAUGAAACUAUAAUACUGUAAGCCACACGUUAAAACUAUAAUAACAAAUUGUCUACAAAACAAAUAAUUAAUUAGCUCAAAUGCAUAUAUAUAUCAACCUACAUAACCAUAUAAAAUAAAAAGAUACAAAUCAAAAAUCUUACAAACAAGAUGGCUCACAUAUAUCUAAUGAACAUUGGCUAUGCAAAAUGGGUAUAAAAUUAGCUUUGGUCAUAAAGGAAUUAAUACAACGCUUGGUGAUUUAAUUUUAAACGGAAUUCAGAAAUUGCAUUGUCCGUACAUUAUAAUUUGGUAUACUUUUGUUUUGAUUGAAUAGAUAUAAAGAAUAAAAUGGAAGAGCAUAACACAGCUGGGGUUCGUCAGAAAAUCUAUUCUUGUCGAUUCCUGCUCUCUGGAACACAAACCUUAAUUAACAACUCGAAGCAAGAUCUUAAUAACCAAUAGCGAAGACAAAUAUUUUUUGGUAAAUCCAAAUUCUGCCCAUUAGAUCUGACCUUGUAAACAUCAAGUGAAAGUUUACAAGUACUGAAUAUUCACUCAAUAAUUCAAAGGACAAAACCUAUACAUAUUCGAGAAUCAAAACUCUACAAACUGAAGAAUUUUAUAAACUAA